AUGUCAUUGAAAGAUGAAAGUUUAAUCGUUCCUGACGAGGACAGUGUCAGUAGCAGUGACGAGGAAUUGCAAGAGCCUAAUAACGAGUAUAUACGAAGAGAGCACCUUAACAGAUUUCUUGAAACUUGUAACGUCCAAAAAUUAACUCGACCAAGGAAGAGAUGGGCCAAGGCAGGUGCGCGCACGCAUAGCAACCACAUGAAAAAGGCUAAAGACGUUAUUGUAGCGGCUUUAGAUGUUAUCACGCCUGGUGAUGCGGCUCAUUUAUGGGAUGCACUUCAGUCUUCAAUGCUUGUCGACAAAGAGCUUGGAUAUGAAGGUAGUGCCGACCGCAAAUAUCUUGAAGCCUUGGCAGAAACAUACAAAAAUGCAUCCGCCUGGGAUACUAGAAGACAAGUCUUGUCCAUAAUGGCUGAUCUAGUCCCCAUCGAACACCUUCAGAGCUAUCUACCUGGUAUCACUGAGUACCGAGUGAAAACUGCGCAACUGCACAAACAUGUUUAUGGUCGAGGAAAUCCACUUCCAUCAAGGUGUAGUCCCCAAAUGAGAGUAGAGGCCACCCAGCUUGAUCAUUUUUUGACGUUUAUAACAAGUCCGCACAUCAUACAAGACCUUCCAUUUGGACAAAAGUACAUAAACCUUUCAACUGGCGAAGUACUGGAGAAACCAAACGUAAUUCGAAGUAUGAUUUCAGAACGUAUUGUUAAGCAGUACACUAAAUACUGCGACGAAUUCGGGUUCAAACCAUUUGGACGUACAACAAUGUUGGCUAUCCUCGCAGCCUGAAGCGCCACCGUAAGAAAGUCGUUCCAACGAAUCGACUAUAUUGCCGCAGAAGGAGGCAAAGCUUACGACGACCUAUGUCAUGUGAAGCGACUAGAGGAAUACGGGGUAUUGAAGACAGAUGUUUCUGAGCUGUGGAGAAGUUGUGUAAAGAGUGUAAAGCAAUAUAUAAAGUCAGAUUACAACGUAUUCGAGGCUAGUCUCAUAAUGGAACAAAACAACAAAAACGUCAAUUUCGAUGUAAUGUUCCUUAUAAAAUUCGGUGCGAUAGCACAGUAUAAUAGUAAAAAUAGACCUAAUUGGAUGUAUUCAGUCCACAUGACCAUUUACCGUUGCUGUCAGUUUUGACUUUUUUGUCAUGAAGCAUACUUUUGCACUAUUUUACCUUCGUCGUUUAAAAUUAUAUCGCUUAUUGCUUUUAUUACAAUUUUGUCACACAGGUGCACGUAUCUCCCUCUUCGCCCGUGGCUGACCACUCUAGCGUAUACGCUCUGAGCGAUGACAAGGAACCCUUGUUCAGCAGCCCUUGCGAUCACGAUCAUGAUAGGACGUGCCCCCAAUGUGAAGAACUAACAGCCUUAGUGUCUGCCAUUCAAGAAUACUGA